GCAGAGAUCACCGACGAGACAACAGCCACUCGAGCAGUAAACCACGUGCGGCGCAGACGCAGAGAGAAAGAAAGCAAUCGAGGGCAGGAGCUAGGGGCUGCGAUGGCGUCGGCGGCGAGCAGGAAGGCGCCGUCGCUGGUGGUGGCGGCGACCGUGGGCGCCGUGGAGGCGCUCAAGGACCAGGCGGGCCUGUGCCGCUGGGGCUACCCGCUCCGCUCGCUCUACCGCCGCGCCGCCGCCGCGCCCAGGGUCCGCGCCCUGUCCGCCUCGCUCUCCGAUGCCGCCGCCGCUCCCCGGCCGGCGCCUUUGUCCGCGGAGGACGCGAAGCUGCGCAAGGCGCACCACCUCGUCUGCUGGGGGCCCAACUGAGCUCCUCUUCUCCGCUUCAUGUCUCCAUCGGCACAUGAGCAUACCUGAUGAAUGCCUGUGUCAAUGGUGAUUGUUUCGCCAGAGAAAGCAGAGACGUCAUUGCGUGCAGCGCCGGUGAACCGCUCCGGCCUCGGUGGAGGAGGACGGUUCAUCAACGCUAUGGCGCCUUUGCGUCUCUUCCUCCUCUUCGUCUUGCCCACUAGUAGUAUCUCGUUGCAUCUGGCUAGCCUAGCUUCCGUAGACGCAAGCUUUUGAGGCCGGGAGAUCACCCGUCUUGUUUUUGUACUAGUAGUAUGAUGAGGUGUGCGAGGCGAUUACGAUGGUUGUACUGCGGUGGAGAGGUGACCAGCGUUGUUGUACUACAGAUCGUACUAUGCUUGUGUUGUGUCGACUA